AUGCCAGAAUACAGAGUCAGUACACACAAAGGGAACAACCCCUUGGUCCAUGCCGUGGCAGUGUGCGAGGAAAGAAACACCACGUGGAAAAGAGAUAUGGAGGAUGUGACAGUCUAUAAGGAGUGUUUCGGAGGCAAAGAGGGGACCAGUUUCUUUGGGAUCUUUGAUGGGUUCCACGGACAGAACUCUGCCACAACAGCAUCCAGGGAGUUACCUCUGUUAAUACUCGAUCAACUUUCGAAACAGGACUUCUCCUUGUCCUUGGAGAAAGACCAAGCAGAUCUCUUGUCCCGUUUUGACGCUCUAUUCCAGGAGGACUGCAAGCCUCAACCAGGCCAAGGUCCAAACACACUAGUCGCUUCAGAACAGGAGAAUGAAACCAAAGUGGAGCAGUUAAACCUAGUCUUCAAUACAGCCUUCUCUAAGAUGGACAGAAUUUUGGGUCUGGGGAGGAGUGAGUCCUCUAGGAUUCGCUGGAGUGGCUGCACUGCUCUGGUCUGCCUUAUAGACACAGAGGCUUCCCCACAUCUAUGGCAACAUGUGGGGGAACAUGGGAGAGGAAUUGCUUCAACAGUCAACCAAACUUUACAGGAAGCUCCAUGUGGAAGAAUUCUCAUUGCUAAUUGUGGAAAUGUGCAUGCAGUGCUCUACAAGAAGGGACGAGGUUACCGCCUAACGGAAGACCACAGCACUUCCAAUCCAAAGGAGCGAAACCGUAUCAUGCGAAAAGGGGGCUCCAUCAGCAUCAAUAAACAACAUGGGCUUGUUGAGGGAAUUACCAGAGCCACCAGAGGGCUCGGUCACUACGGUGACAGUAAAUUAAGGAAGUCAAUCAUCCCUGUGCCUCACGUAGUAUCUCUCCCCAUUGAACAGUCUUACAGACUUCUGGUCUUGGCCUCCAGUGGUCUUUGGGAGGCAUUGGAUGUGAAUGCAGUUGCGGAGAUAGCCCAGACCGUCACUGAGAUGACACAGAACUCAUCCAUGUCUAAAGCUCCUCAACUUAUCAAAACCUGUGAGGAGCCAUCGUCCAUUUCAGAUACUCGUGGACAGUCCAGACAGGAGUCCCUCUUUCCAGAUGACCAAGUACCCUUGAAUGAAAAAAAUGACUUGGAAGUUAGGAUCAAAAAUUCUGAAACCCUGCAGGGGGAAGAAGGAAGUGAGGUCAUAAGAAUAACAAAUACACAAGGAGAGGGUUUCUCCUCAGUCUUCCCUCAGGAGAGUGGACCCAGUGGGAAGGAGCAUGACGUCUGCACUUUGAGGACACUUCAUGUGGACUAUGAGUGCCUUGCAGCUGAUAUUUGCAGAGAGCUGGUGGAUGCAGCAAUUGUUUCAGGUUCAAGGGAAAAUAUUUCAGUCAUGGUCAUACUGCUUCGGAGAACGGACACGAUAAACAAUUACACUCUCAACGAGGAGACUUGA